AUGUCUCCGAAUUUUGACAGUAAAAUAAGCGCUAUGAAGAAGAGUAUCCUAAACCAACAAACCUGCAUGACGAGAGUUACAAAUAUGUGUGAUGCGAAAGAAAUCGGGGACGUCAUAGAAAAAGGUGAAGAGACUUAUGAAUGGAAAGAAAGUUCUACCAUUGGUGAAAUAGAAUCCGCCACAUACAGGGAGGCGUCAUUGCUCGCCACUGCGGGAGUCGCUGAAGUGGUGCGCCGGAUCCGUCGAUUGGGUCUGGAGGUGGCUCUCCACAAAUCCGAGGCGCUGUGCUUCCAUGGCCCUCGGAGGAAGCCGCCUGCAGACGCCAGUCUGACGGUUGGAGGUGUUUCAAUUGUCAUCAAGCAAUCGAUGCGCUACUUGGGCAUCGUUCUUGAUGGCAGAUGGAACUUCGGCGCCCACUUCGCGGAAUUAGCGCCGCGCGUGACGACGGCGGCCGGAGCGCUGACUCGGCUCAUGCCGAAUCUGGGAGGUCCAGAAGCGUCCUGCAGACGCUUGUACAUGGGGGUCGUGCGAUCGAUAGCCCUUUACGGGGCCCCCGUAUGGGCGGAUGCGCUCUCUCGCCAAAACCUCGCCUCCCUGCGGAGGCCACAGAGGCUGAUGGCGACGAGAGCCGCAAGGGGAUAUCGCACGAUCUCCUUCGAGGCAGCGUCUGUGCUGGCCGGUUCCAUUCCCUGGGACCUAGAGGCGAAAACCCUCGCGUCGCUGUUCUUCUGGCGCGAGGAGGCCGUGGCUCAGGGUCACCGGUUGGCACCGAGGGAGAUCGCAGGACGCCGCAAUGAGCUGUGUCAGCGCUCCAUAGAAGAGUGGUCCCAAAGGCUGGAGCAGCCGACUGCUGGGCGUAGAACCGUCGAGGCGGUCCGUCCGGUAUUGGGACAGUGGUUGGCGAGGCAGCACGGUAGCCUGACUUACCGUCUGACCCAGAUGCUCUCCGGACAUGGUUGUUUCGGAGGGUAUCUGUGUCUGAUCGGUCGGGAGCCGUCUGCUAUCUGCCACCACUGUGACGGAUGUGCUGACGAGGACGCCCAGCACACCUUGGAGGUUUGCCCAGCCUGGGACCAAGACCGCGCGGAGCUUCGCGCGGUCGUGGGGGACGACCUUUCUUUGCCGGCUGUCGUGAGACAGAUGGUCGACAGCGAGAGGUCGUGGACAGCAGUGCAGACCUUUGCGGAGAGCGUCAUGCUCCGCAAAGAGGCGGCGGAAAGGGUGAGAGAGGACACGUCCGACGUCCCCAUACGCCGCCGGCGCACUGGGCGCAGGAGGCGGGCAUACGCCCUGCACCUGCUGCCCCCACAAUAA